GCUGCGUCUCGUCUCUCGUUCCCUUCGACCCUCUCUGCACUUUGCUCAUAGAACCAUGGCAUCUACCCCAGAAUUCAACAAAUCCUUGUAUGCCCCCCUCUCCGAGAUCGACCCCGUCGUUCAAAACAUCAUCGACAAGGAGACAUGGCGGCAGUACUCUGGCCUCGAGCUUAUCGCGUCGGAGAAUCUGACGUCAAGGGCUACCAUGGAAGCCAAUGGCUCUAUCCUCACGAACAAGUACUCUGAGGGUCUUCCCAACGCACGGUACUAUGGUGGAAACGAGUACAUCGAUGAACUCGAAGUUCUUUGCCGCAAGCGUGCGCUUGAGGCAUUCCACCUUGACCCUGCUAAGUGGGGUGUCAAUGUUCAACCCUACUCGGGUUCAACAGCUAACUUUGCUGCCCUUACCGCCCUCCUACAGCCCCAGGAUCGUCUCAUGGGUCUCGGUCUUCCAGAUGGUGGUCAUCUGACCCACGGUUACUACACUGCCAAGAAGAAGAUGACGGCUUCUUCGAUCUACUUCCAGUCUCUCCCCUACGGCCUCGAUCCCGCGACACAACUGAUUGACUACGAAGGUCUUGCGAAGCAGGCCCGGAUUUUCAAGCCACGUCUAUUGAUCUGCGGUGCUUCCGCAUACCCUCGCGACUGGGACUAUCCCGCACUUCGCAAGGUCGCUGACGAGCACAGCGCAUACUUGAUGGCUGAUAUCGCCCACACCUCGGGUUUGGUCGCUGCGCAAGAGCUUGCCGAUCCUUUCGAAUACUGCGACGUCGUGACCACCACCACACACAAGACGCUGCGUGGCCCUCGUGCUGGCUUGAUCUUCUUCCGCAAGGAUGGUGAGAACCACAAGGAUCUCGAGAAGCGCGUCAAUGAUGCUGUCUUCCCGGCUUGCCAGGGUGGUCCCCACAACAACACUAUUGCUGGCAUUGCGACUGCUCUUCUCCAGGCGUCCCAGCCUUCGUGGAAGGCCUACGCGCAGCAAGUCGUCAAAAACGCGCGCGCUCUGGCGGAUGAGCUCGUCAAGAAUGGGUACAAGUUGCAGACUGGCGGCACAGACAACCACCUUGUCCUUUGGGAUCUCCGUCCCCUUGGUUUGACUGGCUCCAAGGUGGAGAAGGUCGGCGACCUUUUGGGCAUUACCAUCAACAAGAACGCUGUCUCGGGUGAUGCCUCCGCCCAGGUUCCUGGUGGAAUCCGUCUCGGCACUUCGGCUCUGACCUCUCGUAACAUGCUUGAAGACGAUGUGCGUCAGGUCGCGAGGUUCCUGCACCGCUCUGUCCAGCUUUCCCUGUUGUUGCAAAAGGAGGCCGGCUCCAAGCUGCUGAAGGACUUUGUGAGGGUAGCCACAACACCACAGGAGGGCAAGGAGGGCGCCAGGUUGGUCAAAGAGCUGAAGAAGGAAGUGACGACGUUCGCGAGGCGUUGGCCCGUUCCCGGUAUCGAGGGCGAGAUCAAGCGGCCUGCGGGUGUCGAGGAAGACGACUAGGUCCGCAUCGCUCGUUUAUCCGUUCGUACGUUGUUGGUUGGGGCGAGGGCGAGGGUGAGGGUCAGGGCCCGCGUGUAGGAUUUUGAAGAUUCAACGUCGUGCCGGUAUCUAUCAUCGGUGGAUGGGUCGGCACUUGUAGAUCAAAACGGACUUCAACAUUGUCCGACCCCGUGUAUUCAUAUUCAUUCACACCAUGUGUUGACACUUCGCAUGGCAGGUUUAAUGUGGAACAUCAUUCUAAUACACCUACAUCGGCUCAAUGCGCCUGGGCAUCUCG